ACCCCCAAGCCCCAGGGUAGUGGGGGGCAGGUGAUACCACUGAGGCACCAGGCCGUGCACCUGUGGAACUCACCGCUACCAGUGUCGGCUGGUGCCCGCAGGGCGUCCCUUGCACGUGUGCCUCGCACGCUCACCCCCAUUCUCUCCCCCCAGGGUGGCAUCGGGGGGCACCAGGGGGGCGUCUCGCUCACGGCGUUCGUGGUGGUGGCCCUGAAGCAGGCGCUGGCGGUGUACGAGGGGCAAGAGGCCGACCCGGAGCUGCAGACAGAGAAGCAGCAGCAGCGGGAACGCGUGAAAAGCAGCCUGUCCCGGGCCACGCGGUACCUGUCGGCAACGCCAGAGCGGGGCCGGGACCCCUACCCGGCCGCCAUCACGGCCUACGCCCUGUCCCUGGCCUCCGACAACGCGUCCGCCAUCCAGGCUGCCGACCGCCGGCUCCGGGACCUCGCCCUGCAGGACAAUGAGGGGACCAUGAUGUUUUGGGGAAUGGAGCAGAGUGGGGCCACCUCCGCUUCAGCCAACUCGGUCGAGGCCACGGCCUACGCGCUCCUGCACCUCGUGCUGCACAACGACCUCUCGACCGCCAAGAAAGUUGCCCGGUGGCUGACGGAGCAGAAGAACUACGGUGGCGGCUUCAAAUCCACACAGGACACGGUGGUGGCACUGGAUGCCCUCUCCCAGUACUGGAUCAACACCUACACCCCAGAAGGGAACGCGCUGGAUUUAACGUUCUCCAGCCCAGGCAGAUCAGGCACCAAGAAAGUGAUUCUCGACCGCUCCCAGAACCACAUCCAGGAAGAGCUGCAGUUCUCCUUGGGCGACAACCUCCGAGUGAAGGUGGAAGGGAAAGGAAAGGGGACCCUGACUGUGCUGAAGCUGUACAACGUGCUGGAACUGCACAACGGCUCGUGCCAGAGCCUGGGGCUGGAGGUGACGGUCAGCGGGGACGUGCGCUUCGAGGUGGACGAGGAGGAUGACUAUGACUAUGACUAUGGGGGGGAGGCCCCCGCGGCUGAGGCCCCGCUCCACCCCAUCCACUGGUUCGACGCCCGGCGCCGGCGCCGCAGGGAGGCGGCUGACCCCAGCAAGCGCAACAAGGACGUGGCCUAUUCUGUCUGCAUCUG